AUCUUAGCGUUUUUUCUAACCUUCACACUGCUACGCUCUCCUCCUCUCCUCCUUUCUUUGUGCAUACUCUGUUUUCAACUUCACUUCUUCUUCUUCUUCUUCUUCUUCUCUGUUUCUUUUGCCAACAAUGGGGAGAGCCACGAGAUGGCUGAAGAACUUGUUUGGGAUUAAGAAAGAAAAACAACCCACCACCGAAAAUUCCACCUCCGCCUUCAACAAGGAUAACAACCCCACUUCUAAUUUCGUCGGAGACGCCCAACUCUGCAACAAUCCGGCUACAAUACCGCCCAAUUUAUCCGCCGCGGAGGCCGCUUGGCUCAAAUCCUUCUACUCUGAAACAGAGAAGGAACAGAGCAAGCACGCUAUAGCAGUCGCUGCAGCCACUGCUGCUGCUGCUGACGCUGCGGUUGCUGCAGCACAAGCUGCCGUGGCUGUCGUCCGGCUCACUAGCCAUGGGCGAGGUACUAUGUUCGGCGGCGGCCGAGAGAGAUGGGCCUCUGUCAAGAUUCAAACUUGCUUCAGAGGGUUUCUGGCGAGAAAAGCACUGAGAGCGCUUAAAGGACUGGUGAAAUUACAGGCGCUUGUGAGAGGAUAUUUGAUUCGUAAACAAGCAACGGCAACUCUUCAUAGUAUGCAAGCUUUAAUCAGAGCUCAAGCCACCGUUCGAUCUCAGAGAACUCGCAGGAGUGAGCACACAGCUUCAGUACACAGCAGAAGGCUUUCAUCUUCUUUUGACAACACACCAUUUACAGCGCUUGAAGAAAGCCCCAAAAUCGUUGAAAUGGACACCGGCCGACCAAAAUCCUGGUCACGCCGGACGAACACGUCGGCGUCAGAAUUUGGCGACGACCCAUUUCACCAAACGUUGUCGUCUCCACUUCCCUGUCGAACUCCGUCGCGUUUGCAGAUUCCUGAUUGCCGGCACGAUUCUGACUGGGGUCUCACUGGCGACGAGUGCCGCUAUAUCUCGACAGCGCAGAGCACUCCACGAUUCGUCAGCUCCGGCAGAUCCAAUGGCCCUCCGACGCCAGCGAAGAGCAUGUGUGCUGAUAAUUUCUUCAGAGGGUACUUGAAUUUCCCAAAUUACAUGGCGAAUACUCAAUCAUUUAUGGCGAAAUUGAGGUCCCAGAGUGCUCCGAAACAGAGGCCGGAGCCAGGCUCGAAGAAGAGGCUUUCGUUGAAUGAAUUAAUGGAAUCGAGAAGCAGCCUUAGUGGGGUUCGAAUGCAGAGGUCUUGUUCGCAGGUACAAGAAGCCAUUAAUUUCAAGAAUGCUGUGAUGAGCAAACUGGAUAGACCAUCGGAAUUCAACAACUUGCAGAGAAGAUCAUGAACAAUUUGAAAUUGGUUCCCUAAACUUCACUCUCAUUAAAUCCCUUCCUCUGUUCCCGAUGUUUAGAAUUUUGUAAGUUACAUCAUUGAAUCAACUGCCCAAUGCAAGUGGUUUAGAUUAAAGUUAAUGAACCAGUUUCUUCCCGUUUUCA